AUGAUCAAGUCUUCAAAUCGAUCAUGGGGCCCCGACGAUAGCUGGAUGGCAUUCGCAUUAUUCCCCCUCAUAUGCCGUACUGUUGCUAUGAUCAGGGUUUUUGAUCUGAGACUCUCUCCGUCAAGAGAUGACCAAGCGUUAUCACAAAAACUCCUCUUGGUCGGUCGCGUAUUCUAUGCUCUUUUUCUCUGGUCCAUGAAACUUUGCUUGCUACGAUUCUAUAAGCGACUGGAAACUGGAUCCAACAAAGUCCAUUACUCUCUCCAGUUCCUGCGGGCUUUCAUUGUGUCAACUUUCUUUGCUACCCUGGUAGCGACAUUGUUUGAAUGUUUUGGAGUCAUGAACACCUGCACCUGGGCAUCCAUUGAAAUUGUCUGCUCAAGCGUUGUUGCCAAUGCUUCAUUUUACUAUGCCAUUUGGCAAGGAUCAUUUCGAUAUCAGGCCCACCCCGCAGCCUCCGAAAACUUAUCUAUACCAUUUCGGCUUUUGCCUUGGUCUAGGAAUGAAAUCGAUAGCAGGCCCAGCCCCCCCAAUAUUCCUGGUCUUUAUAUCCAAGAUGUCGUGUUGGCGUACGAAACAGGCAGCUGCAGCAAAUUUCCCGCAAGGAAUUACACCAUGCACUCAUUGCGCACGAAUGGCGUUCCUCUCAUUGCGCUAUUUCUGAAUCGACUCUUCCAAUCGCGAAAAAUUUCUGUCAGCGCCCGCGCCCCUGACAAUCCCACCCCCUCAGUGAGCAACAACAACGGUCCAUUAGCAUUCACCCUAGACAGCCCUCAAAGCAAUUUGUCAACAAUUAUCUCAUUGCGCACAGGGACUCAUGGGAAUGAUAUUAUGACAAUAUCACUUUGGGUGUCACCUAUUUUGGCAACUUCCCAUGCGUUCCACAGAUGUUCACUGGUCCCUCCAGUUGGUUACGAAGAUAUUGUAAUGAAAUUGUUUCCAAGUCAGAAAAAACGCCGGAUGUACCCGGAUGGACCUAGAACCAUCCGCGCUCGGAUGCUUCUCUAA